ACUACUACGACUACUACCACUACCUAGACAAGGCAGGCUGAAGAUCCAAGUAGAGGCUAGAGAGAGAAAGAGGUCGAGAUUUUGUGCUAGUGUGUACAGUAGUAUACAUCCAUCCAUCGAAUGAAAGCGAGUCAAGUGAGAGAGACCAAGAUAUGUACUGAACCAAAUUAUAACAAGAUCACCAACCGUCCAGCGCUAUCGCUCUUUUUUUUAUAAGGACCAAAAUACCCCUCAUCGGCGAUUUCCCCCCUUUUCCCGACGAUGAACCACCCUGUUCACCACCUCGACCCCGCCGCUCAGGAAUUCUUCCCCACCGCCCACCCUCAACUUUACUACACCUCCUACCCCCCUCCUCCACCGUUCUACGACACCACCAUGCUCUACCCGCAGUUCUCUCCUCCGCCCUCGCCCUCGCCGCCGCCUCACUCGGCGGCGCCCUCCCGGACACUGCUGCUCAGCAUGGUGCCGGCGACCGUGAGCGAAUCGUCGGUGCGCCGCGAAUUGGAGGUGUUCGGCGAUGUGCGGUCCGUGCAGAUGGAGCGGCGCCGCGAGGGUUUGGUGACGGUGCACUUCUACGACGUGCGAGCCGCGCAGGCGGCGCUGGUGGCGAUCCAGGACCAGCACAUGCAGCAGCAGUUCCGCCUCGGCCGCCACUACGAGGCCGUGCUCACCAACCCCGUUGCCCCAGUGAUAGUGCCUCUCCCCCCGCAGACGGCGCUCGGCCUCAUCUCCGGCCGCGUCGUGUGGGCCCAAUUCGUGACUCCGGUCACCUCCGGCCUCCCCGAAGGGAACAAUCAAGGAACCCUCGUUGUCUUCAAUUUGGGCCCAGGCGUUUCCGCUUCUUCCCUCCAAGAAAUUUUCGAAGAAUUUGGCCCCGUCAAGGAAUUGAGGGAGACGCCACACAAAAGGUUUCAAAAAUUCGUCGAGUUUUAUGAUGUUCGAGAUUCCGCUAGAGCCAUGGCCGCCUUGACCGGCAAACAAAUCCUCGGCAAAAACGUCGUCAUCGAAUUCAGCCGCCCCGGCGGCCACUUCCGGAAAUUCUGGAAAUCCCCUCCUGUACGAAAUUUCAAUCAAAACUCAAACUCCUCCAGAUGUUUGCCGCCGCCACAGCCUCAGCCUCGCCCUCCGCCGCAGCGCCAAGGGUGGAGAGGAAACCCUAGUGGGAGCGAUGGGAGCAGCAGCGGAUCAUCGCUCCAUGGAUCGCUCUCGAAUCUCUCCAUUUCUACUGGAUUUGAGGAAUGCUCUAAUAAUAAUCGGCGCAUUAAAAGGACUAGUGGCUCGAGGAAAGACAACGCCCCGGCGUCUGGUAGUGGUGGUGCUUCGAAGCUUGGAGGCAAGCCGUGGAAAGGCGGCAUGAAUAGGCGGGGAAAGGAGCAUGAUCCCCGGUUUCUGAUAAAUGAAGAUGCAAUAGUGGAAUCGGAUUGCAGGGAUUUGAGAACCACUGUCAUGAUCAAGAACAUCCCUAACAAAUAUAGUCAGAAGCUGCUGCUGAACAUGCUGGACAACCACUGCAUCCACUGCAACGAACAGAUGACCGGCGGCGAUGACCAGCCCUUGUCUUCUUAUGACUUCGUCUACCUCCCCAUUGAUUUCAUCAACAAGUGCAAUGUGGGGUAUGGAUUCGUGAACAUGACUUCUCCAGAGGCUACAUUGAGACUCUACAAAGCCUUCCACCACCAAAGCUGGGAAGUUUUUAACUCCAGAAAGAUCUGCCAAGUCACUUAUGCAAGAUUGCAGGGGCUUGAUGCGUUAAGGGAGCACUUCAAGAACUCCAAGUUCCCAAGCGAGGCCGAGGAGUACAUGCCGGUGGUAUUCUCUCCCCCUCGUGAUGGACGGGCGCUGACUGAUCCUAUCCCGAUAACUGGCUGCACCUUGGAGAGCCCAGCGAGUUCCAAGGGAAAUCUGUCGGAGCCACACAGUGACGAAGGUCUCAACGGCCACCACAUCAGCAAUGCCAUUUAUGACUAUGACGAGGGCGAGCGCGGUGUUUGCAGUUAUGACGAAACUGAUAUGUGAAGAAUUGGAGAAAAGUAGCCAAUGGGCAUUGUUGUUAAGCCUCGAGCCCUUCUCUGGCACCCCACAUUCAUGGCCAUGCAUAGUGUGUGUGUGUGAGAGAGAGAGAGAGUAACCUUAAAACCACAGUUGAGCUAAGCUUAAUAGAAUUGGAGAGUGAAGCCUGAUUUUUGUAUCAUAAAUUUACUUAGAACUUUCAGCGAAAUAGGUGUUAGGGCUUAAUUUAUAGCAUCUUUGCUUGUUUUUUUAAUUUCACUUUUUGCGUCUUUUCUCUUUUCCUUGAGUCAGUAACAAA